AGACCGGAACGUUGCAGUCUUCGGAGUCUGAAAAUGGGCGACACGAUGAUGGAAGAGGGCGAUAACAGUAGAGAUAUUGAGGUGGCUCCGGCCCGUAUUGCAGUCCACCCUUCUAAACGGUCCGUCGCUGUCGCCGUCGGGUCGGAUCUCCGCGUCUUCGAUCUCCAGGUUGGUUGUUCGGUUUCUUUGGUAGAUGAUUCUGAUGGACAUCCUCAUAAAGAUUCUAUCCGAGCAAUCCGUUAUGGUGCAAAUGGGAAUCUCUUUGUUUCUUGCGGCGAUGACAAACUAGUGAAGAUUUGGAACACAGAUCUUUGGCGCUGUGUAUGUACUGUGUCAUCAGAGAAGAGAGUGAGUGCAGUUGCCAUAAGUAAUGAUGGUCUGUUUGUUUGUUUUGCUGACAAAUUUGGAGUUGUUUGGGUUGUCGAUUUGGAUGGGUUCGAUGAGAAUCAAGCUUUGAUCAAUAAGAAGGCAGUGCCAAUUCUUUCCCACUAUUGCAGCAUCAUUACUAGUCUGGAAUUCUCUCCAGAUGGACGGUUCAUUAUCAGUGGUGAUCGGGAUUUUAAGAUUCGAGUUACUGUGUUUCCCAAAAAUCCUUUAGAUGGAGCUCAUGAGAUACAAAAUUUUUGCCUUGGCCACACUGAGUUUGUAUCUUGCCUUGCUUUUGUCUGUACUCCGGAAUGUCCACAAGGUUUUCUUGUAUCUGGAAGCGGGGAUUCAACAGUUCGCUUAUGGGAUAUUAACUGUGGAUCUCUUCUUGAUACCUGUGAAGUUGGAACACAGGCAGGACUACUACAGUCUAACGGAAGUGAAGAGGAAUAUUAUCCUGCUGUAGCGGAUCUAUGUGCGACUCAUGAUAGUUCAUUAGUCGCUGUGGCCAUUCAAAGCUUCUCAGGAAUAAUACUGUUGAGCUGUGACCUUUCUACUAAGAAACUCUCUGUUGCCAAGGUGGUUUCCAUUGCGGCAGAGACCUUCAUCCCCACAAGCUUGGGGACUAGUUGUUCCGCUGAAUUAUUAUGGAUGGUCACAGGUGUCUCCAACCAAAAUGGUCUUGGUUCUGCUUGUUUGGCCCGCGUUAGGGUUGUCUCUGGUUUCAGCAAAACCAAUGCCGAUUCUAUUGAACAUGAGCCAAUUGUGUUGGAGGACCCUGAGAUUCCAGGGGGAGUGCAACUGCUUGAGAAGUUGCAGGGAAGCGUGUCCAUUGAGAAAGAGGUGUUCCUACAAGCAGCUGAAACCGUGAAAACAGCAAUGCGUAAUUUGUUGAUAAAAAAGCAAUACACUUUCGAAAAACGAGAGUUCAGGAAGAGGGGCAGAAAUGAUAAGAAAAUCAAACAGUAGUAAAGUUUCGACAAUGAUGACAAAACUUGUUCUUAAUGCAAUUGUUUGAGGGCCACUUAACUUUUUGUAAUCCGAGUUAUUAAGCACUGUGUGUAAUCUGAGAUAUAAGGAUGUGGAGCUCAAAUUGUCAGAAUAUAGGGUGCCUUCUCAAUCAUUUGGUGUACCUUGUGUGCCAGGUACCCCAAUUUGUUAGUUUAUUUUUCUUAUUUAUUGU